AUGCGUCCGUUUUUUCUAUUUGCUCGACGAUUUUUCAUUCCAUGUGGCGCUUUAGUUUCUAGCACUCUUGCUGCAUCUUUUUCGAAUGUCAAUGAACAGAAGCAUCAUUCGAUAUUGAAAUCUAUUGGUCGUACUUUUUCCGAUAAAUCGAUGGGAGGAAAAGAAGCGUCGAUGUCCCCACCACCUUUCGAUUAUGACCCAUUUGAUUCUUUACGAAAAAAUAAUUUUUCUGACGAAGAAUUUAAAAGAUGUUUUCGAUAUUUUGAUUCACAGAAACAAGGUUCUUGGACUCGAGAAGAUUUUCGUCGUUUUCUUAAUGCACUUUUUUCAAAUAAAAAAAGACCCUACUGUAUAUUAAGUGAUUUAAUUGAACAAUAUUUUUGCGAAACUGAUUUUAAUCAAGAUCAAAAAAUUGAUUUUGACGAAUUUUUUAGUGCAUGGAAAAAAACAAUAAAAUGCGCUGUAAAACCUGUUAGUGCACUAGUAAUAGUUGAUGUUCAAAAUGAUUUUAUAUCAGGAUCAUUAGCACUUCAUUCAUGUCCCGCCAAUCAUCAAGGUGAAGAAGUCGUUCCUGUAAUCAAUCAAGUUAUUCGUGAAGUAAAUUUUGAUGUUGUUGCAUAUACAUAUGAUUGGCAUCCAUUAAACCAUAUAUCAUUUUACGAAAAUCGUCAUCUAAGAAAAUCAUUACCUGAAAGUCCUAUUAGUGCUGAUAAAGCAAAUAUACUUGAUACUGUUGUAUUUGUUGGAUCUUCCGGUGUGAAUGGUGGAGUUGAACAAGUUCUUUGGCCAGCUCAUUGUAUACAAAAAACUCCCGGUGCUGAUUUGCAUCGUGAUUUGAUUCGCGUUGAUAAUGCUAUACAUGUUUAUAAAGGAACAAAUCCUGAAAUUGAUUCUUAUUCAGCAUUUUGGGACAAUCAAAAAUUAAGCAAAACAAGUCUUGAUGAUCAAUUAAAAGAACGUUUUGUAACUGAUGUUUAUGUUGUUGGUUUGGCUACUGAUGUUUGUGUUGCUUCAACAGCAAUGCAUGCUGUGGAAAAUAAUUAUCGAACUGUAUUAAUUGAAGAUGCAUGUCGAGGUGUGAAUGAAAAAGAAAUCGAAGUUAAACGAACAAAACUUAAUGAAAGCGGGUGUAUUUUUGUUGAUUCAAAUGUUGUACCUGGAAUGGUGUCUGGUGAAGAUCGUCGACCUGAAGUGGCACGCGGAAUGUUUGUUGAAAAUCUUAAAGCUAUUGGUCAUUAUAAUCCUCAUUAA